AGAGCAGGAGAAAAAGAAAAUGGCAGGGGAGGAGGUAACCGAGCUAAACUCAGUACCAACAAGCCCUCCAAGAACUCCAAAAGGGUUCGGCUUCGGCGCCGGCGCCAACGCCGUCCCCUGCGCCGGCUCAAGCCAAAUGGCGCAUCCUAUCUCGGCACCUCCAUCUCAGCUCCACUCGCCAUCACUAAGCCGCUCACCACUCUUAGCUCCAGCCACGCCGAAGACUGCGCCGAGGACGCCGAUGACGCCGAUGACACCAAGAACGGUGCCGAUGACGCCGAAAACUGCGCCGAUGACUCCAAAGUCGGGACUAAGAACGCCGAGGUUCAUGACGCCGUUAGCGAGCCCGAUGAGAAAGGCAAUCGUGACGAUGAAAGGGUAUCUCGAGGAAGUGGGACAUAUCACGAAGCUGGAUCCGCAUGACGCGUGGCUCCCGAUAACGGAGUCAAGAAACGGCAACGUUUAUUACGCGGCCUUUCAUACGCUCACCUCUGGUGUUGGCUUUCAGGCUCUUGUGCUCCCUUUGGCUUUCACAUACCUUGGAUGGACAUGGGGGAUCUUGUGUAUGACUGUGGCAUUCUUUUGGCAACUUUAUACACUUUGGUUACUAAUCCAAUUGCACGAAGUAGAACCCGGGACUCGAUACAGCAGAUAUCUGCAACUUGCAAAAACAGCAUUCGGUCCAAAACUUGGGAAAAUUCUUGUACUAGUGCCCAUAAUGUAUCUCUCAGCAGGUAUAUGUAGUGCAACUCUGGUCGUUGGAGGCCAAAGUUUGAAGUUAUUCUUCGAGCUUGUUUGUGGCCAGACAUGUGAAUCACAGCCUCUGACGGCGAUUGAAUGGUAUCUAGUUUUCACUUGUCUCGCCGGCGUACUCGCUCAACUUCCAAACCUUAACUCAAUUGCGGGUGUUUCACUUGUUGGAGCAGUCACAGCAGUGGCCUACUGCACCUUGAUUUGGGUCAUUUCUGUGGUUAAGGGCAGGCUCCCUGGUGUGUCCUAUGAUCCUGUUAAAACCAAUACAACAUUGGACAAAGUUAUACACAUUCUAAAUGCCCUUGGUAUCAUCGCUUUCUCGUUCAGAGGUCAUAAUCUUGUUCUUGAGAUUCAGGGCACCAUGCCUUCAACAUUGAAACACCCUUCCCGUAUUCCGAUGUGGAGAGGCGUGAAAGUUGCCUACUUGUUGAUAGCUUUUUGUUUGUUUCCCAUUGCUAUUGGUGGAUUUUGGGCUUACGGAAACAAGAUACCUUCUGCUGGGAUCUUGAUAGCAUUGUACCAGUUCCAUGAGCAAGAUACCUCAAGGGCUCUGCUGGGACUCACAGCUCUUCUUGUUGUCAUAAACUGCCUCGGCUCAUUCCAAAUCUAUGCAAUGCCUGUAGUUGAUCACAUGGAAUCUGGAUACACAACCAAGCACAACAAACCUUGCCCGAGAUGGCGGCGGUUCGCCAACAGAGUGUUCUUCACUGCAGUUUCAUUCCUCAUAGCGGUCGCAUUUCCGUUCUUAUCAGACCUUUCGGCACUGUUCGGAGGGAUAGCAUUGCCAGUGACUUUGGCUUAUCCUUGCUUCAUGUGGAUAGUGAUCAAGAAGCCUAAGAGAUACAGUGCAAUGUGGUAUAUUAACUGGAGUUCAGGAAUCAUCGGUAUGGUUUUGAGCGUCAUUUUGAUAGUUGGAGGUGUUUGGGGCCUUGUCGACACCGGUAUUAAGCUUCGUUUCUUCAAGCCUCAGUAAUCAAACACUAGUUACAUCACUGAUAUGAAUGUGAAAACUUUAUAGAAUAUGAUGAGUGUACUGUUUUGUAAUGUAUUAGCGGUUUGUUCGCUCACUUUUACAAAACUACAAUGAAUAUAAACUAUCUCUUAUUGUAUCAUAUAUAAUUGUCCAAUAAAAACUCAAG